AUGGUUAUGGAGGAGUUAGCAAGAGCGCCGGCACCGGUUAAGGGAGGAAAAGCACAGUCACGUCCAGCUUCUAGAGCAUCAAGCCGCCCCCCGUCAGGACGGCCUAGGGGACGACCACGAAAGAAGCCUCUUCCGGCUGAGGGCAGUACAUCGGGAUACGAAGAUGGCACCGAUGCGGAUGAUGGACCACCGCGAAGCAAGAAGAGGGCUACAAUGACUAAAGCUGAACGUAGUAAUACUGCCACGUUCGGCUCUGCACAGGAGUCACUCCGAGUUGUUGCUAGCACUGCAGGAUCGAUUCGAAAUUUCCGGCCUAUUGCUUCUGCAGGAGAUGUUCCUGCAGGCCAAGAGAUCCCACGAGCUCCAACGCCCGUCCCCGACUCCCGUUUUUCAGGUCUCCCGCAAGCACGAGCUUUAGCUCCUAGUGGUCUAAGACGCGAAUCGAUAUCAAGUUCAGGGAUGGACCGCUCUUUCACGCCAUCUUUCCUAGAGCCCAACCCGUCCAUGUCGCAAAGCCAGGACGCUCGAUCUCCUGUAGAGUCUGCGGGUGCGUCACCAUCUCGUACAUAUUCCGAUGGAGCUAGUCCCGACAUUGGAUCAUCACCUCCGGUUCCACGAUCUGCACUAUACAGUAGUAUGCGAUCAAGCCCAGCCCCUUCGAGCCCUAUCCUACCGCCGAUGCCCAUAGCAAUGCCACAGCCCGAUUCAGGAUACAUGAGCGGAGGGUUGGACAGCCGAAUAGAGGAAGAGACUAACGUAGCACGCAAGGCCCCUGUGGUAGCGAAGCCGAAGCCCCGUCGAAGUCGUGCAAAGAAAGCGCCAGCCAACAUUCAAAGUGACCUUAUCAUCCAUACAGAGACGCCUGGACCCCCCGAGUUAUUACCCCAAACGUCGAUAUAUAACCCACCUCAUCUCAGUCGAAAAACUAAUGAAGUUGCUAAAACACCCGUGGUUUCUGAACCUCCAUGCUUACCAGCCGAAAGAGCAGAGGCAGAAAUUAUUAAACAGCAACUCUUAGAAAAGGAAAUUUCUCCAGAGAAAAUAACCACUUUAGAGAAUGUGUUGAACCUGGAGAUGGCUAAAAUGGAUGAUUUAACGGAGGAUCAGGGUCAGGGUUUGGGGUCCUUAAAUGAUGGUCAUUCAAUUACUCGAGCUCCCGAAGAUUUGUCAAAGUACGAUAACGUACAGCCCACUACAGAGAUCGCCAGUAGCCAAAUAGAACCGCCUGCUCUCCGACAGAGCCGAGAGACACCUCCGGAGCCUGAGCUUCCAGUGGUACCCGCGAGUGAUCCUAUUCUUCCUCAAUUGACUUUUCCCACGCUUCACUCAGAGCCUGCACACCCCCAAACUGAUGCCGUUGGACCUGCCGAUGGAAAGUCGAAUAAGAAUUUCGUUAAAAGACAGACGAUCCGCCAGAAAUUAGAAGAAGCUGUUGCUCAAGGUCAACUGCCGUCUUUUUGUCGCAACUGUGGAGCUCUGCAGACGCCAACGUGGCGAAAGAUUUGGAAACAGGAACACAAAGGUAUUCCGGCGUAUCAUGAAUAUUCGGAGAAGCCAGGUUACGUUACUGCCAUUAAUGUUCUCGAGAGAGAUGCCGAAGGCAAAGUGAUCUCGUACGAAAUUAUCAAGAAGUCCUUAGGUCCAAAAGACAGCAAAAGCGCGUGGAACGAAGUAUUGCUCUGCAAUCCUUGUGGUAUUUGGUUUAGCAAGUUCAAACAACAUAGGCCAGCAGAGAAAUGGGAGAAAGAUGAGCAGAGGCUCUCUCAAACACGGAAGAAGAGGGCGAAUGGCGCCGCACCACCUCGUUCGAAGAAGGCACGGACAAAGAGCGAUUCACAGACGAAUUUAACCUCAGAAGCUUGCCUACCCACUGAUCCUCUCGGACCGUUAGAUGGAUCCCUAUCACCCAAAAACUUAGUAGCUGAGUCGCUCAGCCAGAUACAACAGCAAGGCCUUGGAAUAAACUCGAGAAAGGGGAAUGGGAAAUCCGAGUUAGAAGCAAAUUGCCAAGGCUCGACACAUUCUCGGGGAUCAACACACUCUAGGGGAAGUGGUACUCCCGGCAGCCCCAUUGCUCUUGAUGAUGAUCUCGGAGUUACUCGACGACUUCUUUUUCCGUCACCGCGCAAAGAUGGAGAGCAGAGGAUUCUAGGUGAGGCUGUUAUUAAUAUUGUGCAGACGCCACCUGAAUAUCCGGACGCAAAAGGUGGACGCAAGCUGGAGAAAGAGAAUAGCGGCCCAGCAAUGAUUGGAGAGGCUUCGGUGGAAGAUGAGUUUGUGGAUAUAUUUGGUACUCCGCCCCGGCCUUCGACACCACCUUCAAAGGCCAACCAUAGUGGCCCCUUUAAGACACCGACUCGUCCCACCCCAAGCCAUCGACCGGUCACUAGAAGUGUUACCAGAUCUAUGCGCUCUGGCAGAUCUCUCAACUCCCCAAGCCAGAUUCUAAUGGCUCAACGUACUCCGUCUCGAACACCUCGCUCCAGUGGGGUUAAGCGCCAUUCACCGGGCGGUCUUCUACCUUCGCACCUCCUGGAUAGUCAGAUCUUUGACACGCCACUAUCACGAUCCAUCAACCAACUGAUACCUGAUAUCAGUCAGUUUAAUAUGCCGAUACCGUCGUCCCCUAGUUUCCAAUUGGAUCUUAGCUCUCUUGCACCGCUAGAGGAAGAGCUUAACCAUGCAUCUUUAGACUUCGGCAACUUAUUCACGAUCGACGUAGUCCAGCGUAGUUCUCCUUCUGCACGAAAUGAAGACCAAAGAGGGAACUUCGGCCCACGCAUCACUUACGAUAGACACGCGGAUCAAUGGGCUGAGAUGGACACGGAAUAUUAA